CGUACCGGUACAAACACAAACAGCGUACAAAACYCAUUGUUGUUUCGGUAUCGUACUUUUUUUUUUGGUACCGCAUCGGAUCCCUCGGAGGAGAAACAGAAACCCUUUGUUCCAAAAAGGACGAGCGUAAACCACGCCAUCGAACAAAUCAAAAACGAACACGAAGGGCCAUCGCACCGACAGCGCUCGCAGAUCGAAUACCAAUACCAAACGGGUGUUGUUUCGGACCGCAGCAGUAUUGUUUCUCACGGCAGCAUUGGCAUUGGAAGGCGUCGUUCUCCGCUCCUUUCUGGACCAGUCAAGACUAGCAAACGAGUGUGUGAACACCAGCAGCAGCAGCAGCAACACCAGCAGCACGCCAAAGAUUCCGCCGGCAUGUCCUCCUCGGAAGCAGCCCGCAGCAGCAGCAGCAGCAGCAACAACGGCGACCGGGGCAAAGGCGGGGACCACAACUCCCGAGCCUACCGCCACCCCGCCAUGAUCCAAAAGGUGAUCGAGCACCUCCGGGACGAGGUAGGGAUCAACUUUCUGGCCCUGGACUUCGACCAGACGAUCCUGGGCAUCCACACCCGGGGGGUCUGGAAGGGCUCCCUCGAGGAGCUCUUCCCGCACGUCCGCCCCGUCUACGCCCAGCUGAUACGGGCCGCCCUGGCCGGGGGAAUCGAGGUCGCCGUGGUGACCUUCACCUCCCAGACCUUCUUCGUCCGGGGCGUCCUYGACCACGUCUUUUUCGACUUUGGGGACGCCGGGGGCGGGGCCAUGGACGCCAAAACCCUCUCCGGCCUCGGGCUGGCGGUACAGACGGCGGGGGGCCACKUUGUCGACACCACCCGGAGGAUCCCGAUCCGGGGCGGGGACCGCUCCUGGAGGUACCACGGGACCGGGAGCYGCGACGGCAAGCAGCCCCACAUGGCCAGCGCGGUGGAGGAGCUCGAGGCCCGGCGGGACGAGGACCACUCCCGCGAGCGCAAYGGCGAGCGCGGAAGCAACGGGGGUGCGUGUUGCGGCCCGCCCGAGCCCAUCACCCGACGGACGACCCUCCUCCUGGACGACGACGCCCGGAACAUCCGGGUCGCCCUCCAGAACGGGACCCGGGCGGUCUGGUUCGACCCCAAGCGGCCCGACAAGCUGCUGCCGGAACUCGCCAACCUGUCGUAGCAAGGACGCCACGCGAGCAGGGCAAGUGCGGAAACGAAACGAAACGAAUUAAAACGAAACGAAUCGACAGCGCAACGACGGCUGUUUUGCAAGGAACCGCAGAGUAAGAGUAGCAAAAGUAAACAAGCAUUUAUUUUUUCCAAAAAAAAAGGGACAACGGGAUUGGAAUGCAUUGCACUGCUUGUUCAAAAGGAUGUCCAACUAGGCGCCAUCUCGUUGUCUUGCUGUUGCACCUUUGGUUAGCAGCAAAACGAACNAUUGGAAUGCAUUGCACUGCUUGUUCAAAAGGAUGUCCAACUAGGCGCCAUCUCGUUGUCUUGCUGUUGCACCUUUGGUUAGCAGCAAAACGAACAUACAUAUACAAUUCUACUACAUGCAUCAUGUACUUUGUUCAUAUCCUACUGACCAAAAAAUCAUUAAGAGGAGCCCAUAAAUCGACUACUUCACUUUGUAUUUCCCUCCAGGGCACCAGGGAAGGCCAUGCCAGAGCAGGGCAUUGGAAAAAAAAAUGCUCCAAAAGAUCAUCCAGGGGAGACAUCUGGUGGUGAAACAUUCAUAACAAUUGAAUCAUUAACAAAACCAACAAUAGGCA